AUGCCUGGGAGUCAUCGUCAGCUCGUUGCAGGUUCUGCAGGCAGCCCCAAGGAUUGGGUCCGGUGGCAGCACGGGACCAAGGGGACCAAGCGACCCAAGGCGCGAAUCCCCGAAGGCAUCUCCGCCCCGCAGCUGGGCCUGGCUCGAUUCGGCCUCUUUCGACUUCGCCCAAUCCUCAUCUUCAUCGACCUCGACCAACUGGCCCAUCUCCGCCGCACUGGUGAGCAGAGGUCGUCAUUCCUCCCCCCUUACGCCAUCAUACCGCCCAGGACUACCAGGAGAGGGUUCGGGCGUCCGCUGACCCUUCCACCCUUUGCUGUGCCUCUUACCACCGAGGAACACAUUCCAUCUGUUGCGGGCCAUAGACCGCCCCAGUGGCCAUUAUCUCUACUGUCCCUGUCGCCCGAAGGUCUUUUGGUUCUCACUGCCAAAUCCAUGCGCCACAGACUUGAUCACUUCGGUGACUGUGGUCGCAAGCCCCCGCCAGCACCGCGGUCUCACAUUGUGACCUUGACCCCUUCUCGUCAUGCUCCAGCUUACCCUGACCUUUCGCAAUCUAGGGCUUCCCGCUAUUCAGGUUCAAGAUACGAUGGCGAGGCGCGUAGGUCGAGAUCUCGCGACCGAUCUCCUGAUCGCUACAAUGAUCGCGCCUCGCAGUACAGCGACGGGGGGCCCCGCCGCUCUUCAGCUGAAUCUAGGGCCAAUGGCCCCGCUUUCCAGCCAAACCGCGACAACUUCCGUGACACCUUGCCGAGAGACACACCUAGGGGACCGCGUGCUCUCUUGGAUGCGCCGAGUGGUCCCCGCGGUGGAGGCAUGUCUGGAGAUUUCCGAGGGAGAGGACGCGGUGGGCGAGGCCGUGGAUGGAGGGACGAUAGCCGCGAUAGAGGGCGGGAUCGAGAACUCGACUUUCGGGAUAGACGUGACUCCGCCUACCGAGAUGAGCGAAGUCGAGAACGUGAUCGCGACUGGCGUGACAGAGAUCGGGAGAGCUUCAGAGGCAGACGUCCGUCACCGCGAGGGAGGUCACCACCAGGGAGGGACUUCCGGGAUCCCAGGGACGUGCCUCUAGGAGUCGACGCGGAACGUGCACGGCGCGGUUCGAGGGAUGGACCUCUUUCUGCCGGCUCGUCUAACUCUGACCCGCCGUUCGGGCCAUCGUCAUAUCGUGGAGGUUUUGCCGGACGAGGACGUGGUAAAGGACGUGGAGACUGGGAUCGAGGUCGGGGCAGAGGUUUCUACGAUGACAGAGAUCGCGACAGGUACGGACCCGGUGCGCGGGCGCGCUCUCAGGAAGGACGCUACCGCGAGCGGGACGACCGGGACCGGGACAGUCGGUUCCUUGACAACGAACCUCCGCGACCUCGGGAUCCCCGGGAUGAACGUGACAUGCGUGAGCGCGACGCCCGCGCCAAGGUCGAGAGAACAUCACACGAGCCACCGCCAUCCACGAGAGAUAUCUCGCCACCACCGGUGGCCCCUGCGGCGCCCUCGUUUGGUUCGGUCCCAAAUCGAACCCCAUCCGUUUCCGAUAUCAGUUCGGUGACCGGGAAAGUGCCCCCAACCGGGCCAAGGGCCUUGAAAGAUGAACGACCGCCCCCUGCUGGCCCUGCGACUGGCGCAGAGGCGAGGCCCCCGCCCACAGGCCCGUCCAAAUCAUCAUUUUCAGACAGCGCGCCCCCCAUUCCUUCAGGCCCUCGCGCUCAUACUCACGCUCAACGAACUGGGCCUUCAUCCAAGCAAUGGAUCAACCCGAACCUCAAACGUGGCCCGGAGUCUCCGAAGAUGAACAGAUCACAAAGUUUUGCUCAAAAUCGAUUCCCAGGCUUUCGCCCCGACAGCUCGAGCUCAGACUACCAGCCUGAUGGCGAUAAGCGACCACGUAGUAGCGAUGCUCAGACUGGCAUGCAGGCUCCGACCACCGACGGACACGACCGUGACAUACAUAUGUCAGACGUGAAAUCGGAGGCAGACCGUUUCGACCGGAGACCCCAGUCUGCCGGCUCCGCCUUUGAAGGAGACUACAGAUCCCAGGUUUCACCAACGUCGACUGGGCAGGACCAUGCGAGAACCCAAGAUAUCAAGGACGCUUCUGAAAAGGAAGAGGCCCAAGCUUCGGAGAAGUUGGCAGAAGCAAGAAGCAAGGACCGACCUACCCGUCGUUCGCUAGGGUUGGGCCCGUCCCGUGGGCAAUUUGAACAUCCCAGGAAACCAGUCAAGGCACCAGUACUAGAUCAAUCCUCGGAGUCUGACGACGAAGAAUUUGGAGAUGUGAUCGAGACUCAGCUAUCCGAGACAGAGUCGACUCUCAAAAACCUGGACGCGGCCGAAGACCCAGUAUCCGUCGAUGUCAUCGUCCGACACAUGGUGAUCUCACUGGAGGCGGUCAACAAACUUGUCUUGGAAUCGGAGGGCCUGCAGUCUGCUGUUGGGCCUCUUCCCGAGGGUAUUCGCAUCGCCAAAGAUGGUUCUGAAGCUUCAGAGGCAAAAGUGGAAGCAAAAUCACCUGUUCCAAGCGCGGUACCACAAGCGCCAACCGCUGCCCAAGCGACCAAGGUGCCGUCGCCAGUUGCCGUGAAAGCGGGCUUGGUUCCAAGUGUCGCCAGGGAAGAACUCCCACAUCCCUCGAUCGAAAAGGAUAUCGAUAUGACACCUGCAGACGAGCGUCAGGCUCCACGAGUGAAGCCCUCAAAGCCAGAGGACGGCGAUGUGGUGAUGGAAGAUUCUACCGAUCCUACCAAGCUUGGAUCUGAGCUUCAACGAAACUUACCCGCCAUCAACGGAAUCAAGUCCCCCAAGUCUUACAGGUCUUCCAUAUAUCCUGACGAUGAGCCACCCUUAUCAAAAGACGUGAGUAAGCGAGGCACUAGCUCCCCUGCUGAGGACGAUGAAGAGACCGAGAUCGACGAUGUCGAGCCUCAAACAAGCACUUUAGAUUCAGUCCGGGUGCACUCGAACACUCCCCCAGUCGACUCUUUGCCGGACUUCAACGAGGAACCGUGGCUGGAGGACCGGCCCUUCCUCAAAUCCCUGGAUACACCCAAACCUGGACUGGACAAUUUCAUCUUAAAGAGAAUGCGGGAAUCAGGGGACGAAGUCCAUACCGAACAACAGAAGCAGAGGAAGAUCUACGCUGGAAAUUACGAGUCUUAUCUUCGUUUCACCAUGUCGAAUGAUCCUGUUGCAUUGAAAAGCAGAGAAAAGUUCAAUUAUGUCCCAGGAGCACCGGAUCCCCCGGUGCAGAAGCCUGUCUUCAACGUUGAGGGACCUAAGCCUGAGUCUACGAGACGGAGUAGAUAUGCCUCUGAGCGUGAUCUUGAAAGAGUUUUGGAAGAAUCUCGGAGAGUUGAGGACGAAAAGAGAGAACGACAGCUGCGGGCAGAGAAGGAGAAGUAUAGGAGUGAAAAAGAGGCUGUGAUACCCGACCAAUACCAGACUCAAGAAGAGAUGGAGAAUGCGUUUUACGUCGAUGAGAGCGGGCUCAUUAGCCCAGGCAAAAUCGUUGCCGCCUGGGAGGUGCUACCGCCCCUCGCCAAUUUCAACGAGGAAGAGAUUGCGCUCUUCGAGAAGGCCUAUCUGGAGUUUCCGAAACAGUGGGGCCGGGUUGCCGAUCCCUUGCCGGACAGGGAUUUUGGAACUGCCAUUCAGUUCUACUACCUCAAGAAGGAUAAGGGCGAGCUCAACCUCAAGGAGAAGCUCAAGAAGCGUCCGCGGCAGCGUAGAAAAGGAAGGGGCAAGCAGCGAUCUAGCGCGUUGGUUUCGGAGCUCGCUGACAAUGACGAAAACCAAGAAACUGGUGAGAACGGUGAGAGACGUCGACCAAGGCGUGCUGCUGCUCCCACGUUCAACUCAGAGGCGACACCUGCCACGGAUGGCGAAAAUGCCACUGGUGCUUCCACGCCUAGCCGCAGAGGAGGAGCAUCAUCGAGGGCAGGGGAUGGAAGUGAGAAACCCGAACGCAAACCUCGUGGCCGUCGGGCCAAGGACAAGCAAGAAAAACAACCACGCGCCAACCAGACUCUUGCUGCAGCGCCGCUGGCUUCCGCUGGGAAGGGGAAUCGAUCACGCUCCAGUUCCCGCGUUCAGGGUGCUCCUGACUGGACAGCCCAGCCGCCACCAGGCGACGUGUCUCAAAUACCUCAACAGUACGAACUAGCCCCAGGCGGUGUGUCAGCUCCCCCGGUUACGAUGCAGCCCUCAUUCGCGGUCACGAAAUCAAUAGUCAGUCCGGAGAGAACCAUGACACCGGUUGGCUCGAUGUCAGACGUCAUGGCACCGCCGCCACUGCGGCCGGAGCCUCAGCAACCCGGUAUGCUGACGCCUUUUGAACUCAAGCCGUCUUCAUCGGAUCGUAAGGCUGGGUCUCAAGCCUCUAGCUAUUGGAGUGUGCCAGAAACUACAGACUUCCCACAGCUGCUGUCUUCCUUUGGCAGCGACUGGGCUGCCAUUGCUGGGCAUAUGGGCACCAAGACUCCUGUUAUGGUGAAGAAUUUUUACUCGCGACAGAAGGACAAUGGCAAACGAGACUGGGAAGCUCGCGUUGUCGAAGCCGACUCCAAGAAGGCCAGGGGAGAAAAGUUACCUGCCCCGCCGACUCCCACGCCAGCCAUCAAGAAAGGCAGAUAUGAUACGAGUAAUCUCAACCGACCGCUUGUCUCUGCCGAUACUGUCAUGGAAGACGCUCCCCAAACGAAGGUCGAACAGCCGGCCGGACGGUUCAACGUUCCUAUCGCAGCCCAGCCUACGGCAGCAGUCACUCAGUCACCAUUCAGCCAACCGCCGCCGCCGCCACCGGCUCUGGUUCAGGUCCAGGCCACAAGUCAGCCAUUGGCGCAGCCAGUCACGCAAGCCAUGUCGCCAUCCACCAGGCCAUUGAGAGCUCCAUUCGGAUAUCCUGAGAGGGAGCGCGAGCCUAUGCUGCAGCAGCCAGGGCGAUCCCCACUCCCACAGAAGGCCCAGGCUCAACCUCCGCCUAUGUCUGAGUCCGCUGUACGGCAUCCGUUGCCUGGGGCUAUGGACUCUCAUGCGGACCGGCAGCAAGCUGAUAUGAAGCCACUCAAGGAACAGCCCCGUCAACCGGAGCGAACGCCCCUUCGUGUGAAGCAAGAGCCUGACAUGCCUCCACAUGGCUACGAUCGCAUUGAUCCCUACGCCGCCCAGGCACAACCUGGUCGCCUUGCGCCGAGAGAUAGCAUGCCGCCGAUUUCGCGGCCUCCGGAGCCACCACGUGCAGUUGCCCCAGUUUCACAGCCCUCUCCAUUUGGCUCUAUGCUGCAGCAACAGCCUAGCCGUGGCGGCUUAUUGUCAGAACUCAACCCGUCUCCCCCGGCUCCACCACGUCCACUGUCCAACCUAUCGCGCCCAAUGUCUGAUAUGCCUGGCCCGCCUGAGCAAUACAGCCGUACUCCGCCGGCUCAACCGACACCACCCGCGCCUCCGACUGCAGCUGCACCCCCCGCCCGGCCUAAGACGUCGAGUAUCAUGUCUCUACUAAACGAUGAUCCGCCGCAACCGAAGCGGGUCUCGGAGGUCCCAGCUGCUGUCAAGACAUCAUCCACACCGCCGCCGAGCGGUCUCUCGCGCCCUCCGCCACCCCCUCCGGCUCCCACUCAGAUUCGCCAGCAGACUCCUAUGGCAGAGAGUCCAGCCUACGGACACUAUGGUCGCCCACCACCUUCGGCACCUUCAUCGGUCUCCUCAAUGCCUUCUUUGAAACCAUACACCACUGGUUCUCCACAGAUCCAGCCGUUGAGUGCGCCGCGGCACCUUGCAAUGGAGUCGCCAGCUGAUCGUGGUGGCGAGCGUGAUUACUACGGUAGACAGCGCCCGUACUCAUCACCGCACCAGACUGCCGCCAAUUCCCCACAGGGGACGCAUCACUAUCCAUCCCAGAGCCAGCCAGCCCAGAUGCCUUACCAGCCUCAGCCAGGUUAUCCCUACAGUGCUCCCACAGCUCCGCCUGCCUCGGCAGCGUCCCCGCCACCACAGUAUGGCAGUCAUCCCAACAUGCAAAGGGUGCAUGAGCCUCCGCCUGCAGCAGCCCGUGAUAUGGGCUGGUCCGGACAGCACCCAGGUCUCUCGCAGCAACAACAGGCAACGCCGCAACAGCAAUCAGCUUGGCCACCCAAGUCGUCUCAACCUCCGCCUGCGCAGUCACCAUGGGCUGCGCAACACGCCACUACAGCACCAAAACCCCCACCCCCAAGUAGUUCAGUUCCUCCGCAACCCUCCUGGGCUGCGCCCCGUACCCAUGAUCCUCGAGAGGCUCUGAGCCUGCGCGAUAAUCGAGAUCCUCGAGACAUGUACCAUUCGCACCGAGCAAUGCAGCCACCGAUGCAGUCGCCCUAUGCGCCAUCAGCUCGAGCACCCGAGCCACCCCAAGCACCUUCGGCUUAUCCCCGUUAUGCAAAUACACCAGCACCUGGUAGGGAUCCUCGUGAUCCUGGACCGCCGCGCAGUUACACACCAAGCGCCUACGAUCACAGGGGAGCAUAUCCACCGCCAAGCCAAGACCCCCGCGAGGCGCAGCUUCGAGAGCAGCAGCAGCAGCAACAGCAGCAGCAGCAACAGCAGCAGCAACAGCAGUCUAUCUUACACCAGCAAUUGCGGCCACAGGAUCCGAACCGAGGCCUGUAUGACCGUGCCCCCGACCGGUAUGGGCGGUAG